CUUAAUUUUGCUUUUGUGGAAGGAUAUUGAAGGUAUACAAUAAUGCGAUUAAGAAAAUACAUAAAACACUUUUCCAAUAAAGAUUAUGUAAAUAAAUGAGUAGAAUGGAUUUGAGGAAGUGGAAUGUUACAGUAAAAUCAUAAAAUGUGUAUUUAAUCAGUUUUAGGAUGUUACAUACAUUGUUUUAUUAAAAGUGUGGAAGAAACAGACUGUAAGCAGGUUUUUUUUUUUUUUUGCCUGUCUGUGUGUGUUUGCAUUUGCACAUGCUGGCUUGCAUCCUGGAGCACAGUGGCUCAGCAUCCGUGUGUCACUUUUUGCACAUUUUGGCUUUGAUCUGAAUCCAAGCCCUUCAAGCUUAACAUGACUUUGUGAUGCCUCUGCGUGGAGAGGGAUGGAUACUGGGGCUAGAGUAUGGAGAAUAAGGGAGCGGGAGAGAGAGCGUGGUAUAUUUUUAGCUCCAUAGCCCCACAUCCAAGUGUGUUUAGUCGAGUGUACGGGAUUGUUUGUGUGUGUGUGUAAAUGGGGGUUUGGAUUAGUGCCUGCGGCGUCUUCCUCAGAGGAAGGUAAUUUGCUUGUCCGAACAAGAUUCUUCCGCCACCUUUGCACGGACAUUAUAAAAAUCAGGAGUUAGUGGGAGUUGGAGGGGGUGAAAAAAAGAAAGAAAGACUGAUGGACACACAAAGAGAGAUAGAGAGGGUGGAGGGGGUAGAGGGAGGGAAGAAGACUCUGAGGAUGGAAUGAAUAAGCAAUCCUGCUUUUCUAAUUCUGGCUCUUGCAUCUCGAUCACAUGCAUGCUUCCUCUCCCUUGAUGUUGCUCUGACCCAUCCUUGAUUUUUUUUCCCCCUUUGCAUAUUUCCUCCUUUGUCUCUGCAUUCCCUUCCUUGUACUGUCCAGCAUCCUCUCCUCCAGGGUCCUCCCUGCCUUCACCCUCUCCCUAACAUCCUCUCCCGUACUUCCCUAAAUAAUCUGACAAAAUGACCCCAUGAACCCUCUCUUCCCUUGUGUUUACCCCCUUCCCAAUGCAUGCCUGGAUACACAUGAUAGCACACAUGCAUACAUGUUCACUUACAUGCCGGCUUUGCACAAUUAGAAAACAUAAAAGACGAGGGACGUUUUUUUUUCCAUUUUUCUUGCAAUGGGAAACUCUGUAAAGUCGCUCAAAAAUUUCAGCAAGAAGGACAAGAAGAAGAACUACAAAGCAGUGCAUUCCUGUGAUGAGGGGGGAUCUGGGGGGGCCUAUCUUGAGCCACUAGUAGCCCUGGCCCAGAACGGAGCCAACAUGCACAACGUAUUGGGGCCUGCGUGCAUCUUUCUACGCAAGGGCUUCGCUGAGAGCCGGCAGGCUGAUCGAGAGCUGAGGCCAGAGGAACUGGAUGAGCUGCGUGAGGCGUUCAAGGAGUUCGACAAAGACAAAGACGGGUUCAUUGGCUGCAAAGACCUGGGGAACUGCAUGAGGACGAUGGGCUACAUGCCAACAGAGAUGGAGCUGAUAGAACUGAGCCAGCAGAUCAACAUGAACUUAGGAGGACAUGUUGACUUUGAGGACUUUGUUGAACUUAUGGGACCCAAACUUUUGGCCGAAACAGCCGACAUGAUUGGUGUGAAGGAACUGAGGGACGCUUUUAAGGAGUUUGACACUAAUGGAGACGGCCAGAUCAGCACAGCAGAACUUCGAGAGGCGAUGAAAAAGCUUCUAGGACAGCAGGUCGGACACAGGGAUCUGGAGGAGAUUCUGCGAGACAUCGACCUAAAUGGAGACGGACACGUAGACUUUGAAGAAUUUGUGCGGAUGAUGUCUCGGUGAGUCUCCGUGAGAGGAAGAAAACACUGCAAUGCAUUCCGGAGUCUCGUGUGGAAUUCAAGAAACGGGAGGGAGCUCGGAAUCCUGAUGGAUUUGUGUGGAACUGUCAAUGAGUAUGAUGACAUAUCACUUUUGCCCUCAAACUGCCAUACUGAAGCACACUGGCUGACCAAUCGCAGUCAAGAGAAUCACUGUAAACAACACGCUGCUGCUGAUGUUUUCAGAAAAUAACAGUAACUUUUGCAUUCAAAUUUAUGAAAUGAAAUUUCUUAAAAAUAAGCUUUUUUGUGUGUGUUUUAACCCUCUGGUUAAAGGGUGGUGGAACACCCACAGCUGCUGUCAGUAAAAUUAAAUCAUAAAUUAAAGUGUUUUCCUAUUUAUUUUCAGAGAGGUUGGAAAAAGCACAAAUAUAAAUGGCAAUAUGGAAAUAUUUCAUGUUAUUUGGUUGUGCAUAGCUUGUCUUUCCUCAUAAAUAAUGUCAUAGAGACUUGAAGUCAGCAUCUCUUUGGUGUAAAGUAGCACCUUUCUGUUCUCUAAACAAAUAUCCGUGUUUAUCUUAGUGUCACACGUGUACGUUCUGUUGUACAUAAAACUCCCACUGGACAUGUUUUCAUCUUUGCUACUGUCAUCAACUAUAAAUUAAUUAUAAAUUUUACUAUUAAUUUUGAAGCUCUAGAGGACGAUGUAACACACCUUGAGAUUUUUCUAUAUUUUAUGAUCAAUGGAGUGAUCCAUUUAGAAAUCAAUCAUCUUCAUUUCUAUCAAACAUGAUUUUGUGGGUCUCUUGUCUGAAAAUGUUUUUUAAUGUGCGUGAAAGUGACAUUUUCAGCUUUAAUACCUCAAAAUAAACUGAUCAAUAAGUGUCAUUGCUCUCCUCCCAACAGUCUGAUCUCUAUUCCCAGUUUAUGUGUAAGGAAGCAGUACGAUGCUUCUUUAAAAAAAAAGAAAAAAAAGCCAAAGACAGUUUUCUAAAACACCAUAUGGAUCUAAAUCUGUUAAGAGGGAGUCACAGAGGCAAAUCACUAUGAGACUGUUUGUGGGGAGAAGCAGAGGUACAUGCAUGCUCUGACGUCAAGAUCUUUCUCCAAAAGGGAAAUCUUACUUUACGAUUUAUAUGUGUCUUAACUAUGUGAAACUAUGCAUGCCAGAAGAAAACUGCAAUUUGUAGCAGAUUGUAUUCAAAUAAAGUUUUUAUUUUAACUUGAGAAAAA